GGAGGAGGAGGAAGAGGAGGAGGACCAGGGAGCCGAUGUCGGGUCGAGCGGCGCCCCCGGAUCCGGGUCGGGAUCCGGACCCGGGUCGGCGUCGGGUUUCGGGGUGCGCGUCAGGGCUCCGAUCCGAGACCCGGACUGCACUUCGGAGGAGGAGGAGCAGCAGCUGUACCCGGGCCUGGCUCCGGUGGUCUUCUUCUGCGUCAAGCAGACCACACGGCCCCGCAGCUGGUGCCUCCGCAUGGUCUGUAACCCGUGGUUCGAGCAUGUGUCCAUGCUGGUGAUCCUGCUCAACUGUGUGACUCUGGGGAUGUUCCAACCCUGCGAAGACGUCACCUGCCAGACGGACUGGUGCCUCAUCUUACAGGUUUUGGACGACUGCAUCUUCGCCUUCUUCGCGGUGGAGAUGGUCAUCAAGAUGAUGGCCCUGGGGAUCUUCGGCUCCAAAUGUUACCUCGGCGACACAUGGAACCGGCUUGACUUCUUCAUCGUCAUGGCGGGGAUGAUGGAGUAUUCUCUGGACGGUCACAACGCCAGUCUCUCCGCCAUCCGUACGGUCAGAGUGCUCCGUCCACUAAGAGCCAUCAACAGAGUGCCCAGCAUGCGUAUCCUGGUGACUCUGCUGCUGGACACGCUGCCGAUGCUGGGGAACGUUCUCCUCCUCUGCUUCUUCGUCUUCUUCAUCUUCGGCAUCGUGGGCGUGCAGCUGUGGGCGGGGCUUCUGCGCAACCGCUGCUUCCUGGGAGAGGACAUUCCGACGAUAUACAACGUGUCCAUGAGCUCCUACUACAUGUCAGAGGAGGGCGAGGAGAGCCCCUUCAUCUGCUCGGCCGCCCGCGAGAACGGCAUGCUCCGUUGCCACGACGUCCCGGCCUUCAGCGUGGCCGGCGAAGAGUGCUCGUUGGACGCCCGGACCCAGGGCUCGUCCGCGAUUGGCCAGGCUGCGGUUGCCGUGGUGGCGGCGGCCAGCAGGAACGGCUGCGUCAACUGGAACCAGUACUACAACAUUUGUCGGGCGGGAGACAACAACCCGCACAAGGGCUCGGUCAACUUCGACAACAUCGCCUACGCCUGGAUAGCCAUAUUCCAGGUCAUCACGCUGGAGGGAUGGGUAGACAUCAUGUACUAUGUCAUGGACGCUCACUCCUUCUACAAUUUCAUUUAUUUCAUAUUGCUCAUCAUAGUGGGCUCCUUCUUCAUGAUCAACCUCUGCCUGGUGGUCAUCGCCACCCAGUUCUCGGAGACCAAGCAGCGGGAGAACGCGCUGAUGCGGGAGCAGCGCGCCCGCUACAUGUCCAACGACUCCACGCUGGCCAGCUACAGCGAGCCGGGCUCCUGCUACGAGGAGAUGCUACGCUACGUUAGCCACCUGUACCGCAAGCUCCGGAGACGGGUCCAGAGGAUAUACUCUGGCUGGCACAGUAAACGCCGUAAAAAGGUGAACCCCAACGGCGGGGGCAACGGCGGGGGCAACGGGGGCGGAACCAGCAGCCACAGCCUGGCACGGGGCUGCGGGGGGGCGGGGCCGGCGGCUAGCGCCCCCUGGCUGCGGCCGAUCCACAACCUGCUGCAGCACCACCAGCACCACCACUGUCACCUCAGCAACGGGGGGAAGCACCCCUCGCCGGCCACCUCGCCCACGACCGGGUGCGGCCUGGAGGAGCUGGAGAUGAGGUCCCUGGUGGCCCGGGCGGGGAGCGGGAACGGGAACGGUGCCGGCGGAGGCGGCGGCGGCGGCGGCGACUCGCCCGUCGUCACCCAGGGGAUGGGGGCCUUGCUGGGUCGGCUGAACGGGGGCAUGAACUACCCCACCAUCCUGCCCUCGUUCGUGUGCAGCUACGGCAGUAAGACCCCCCCGCCCCACGCUCAGCACUGUGGGCCCAGCCCGGACCACCACCCCCCCCACCACCUGGCCUCGGAGCACACCGACACGCUCAGCAAGCUGCACCAGCUCAUGGGCCAGCACACUCCUUCAUCGCUCCUUUCUAUCCAGGCAAGUUCCAUUUGCUUCCGGCUCAAGAAGCAGCUGAUGAGCAAGAAGCCCCGCUGGUGCCAGGAGCACGACGACUGGGCCCUGUACCUGUUCUCCCCCCAGAACCCGGUCCGUAUGUGGUGUCAGGGCAUGAUAUCUCACAGGAUGUUUGACCACGUGGUGCUGGUCUUCAUCUUCCUCAACUGCAUCACCAUCGCCCUGGAGAGACCAGACAUACAGCCCCACAGCACGGAGCGCGUGUUCCUGAGCGUCUCCAACUACGUGUUCACCGUCAUCUUCCUGGCAGAGAUGGCCGUCAAGGUCAUGGCAUUGGGCUUCUGCUGGGGGGAGCAGUCCUACCUGCAGUCCAGCUGGAACGUUCUGGACGGGGUGCUGGUGUUUGUGUCCCUGGUGGACAUCUUGGUCUCCUUGGCCUCUACGGGGGGCAACCGAAUACUGGGAAUCCUUAGGGUGCUCCGUCUGCUACGCACGCUGCGCCCCCUCAGGGUGAUCAGCCGAGCUCCAGGCCUAAAGCUGGUGGUGGAGACCCUCAUCACCUCUCUGAGGCCCAUCGGGAACAUCGUGCUCAUCUGCUGCGCCUUCUUCAUUGUCUUCGGCAUCCUGGGGGUGCAGCUGUUCAAAGGGAAGUUCUACAUCUGCGAGGGCCUAGACACCAGGAACAUCACCAACAAGUCUGACUGCAGCCUGGCCGGCUACCGCUGGAUCAGACGCAAGUACAACUUUGACAACCUGGGCCAGGCACUGAUGGCUCUGUUUGUGCUGUCCUGUAAGGACGGCUGGGUCAACAUCAUGUACGACGGUCUGGAUGCCGUGGGAGUGGACCAACAGCCCGUGAGGAACCACAACCCGUGGAUGCUGCUGUACUUCAUCUCCUUCCUGCUCAUCGUCAGCUUCUUCGUGCUCAACAUGUUCGUGGGCGUGGUGGUGGAGAACUUCCACAAGUGCCGGCAGAACCAGGAGGAGGAGGAGGCGCGCCUGCGGGAGGAGAAGAGGCUGCGGAUGAUGGAGAAAAAGCGCAGGAAGGCCCAGCAGAGGCCGUACUACGCCGACUACUCUCCGCUGCGUCUGUACAUACACACGCUGUGCACCAGCCACUACCUAGACCUCUUCAUCACCAUCAUCAUCGGCAUCAACGUGGUCACCAUGAGCAUGGAGCACUACAACCAGCCACGUUACCUGGAGGAGAUCCUCAAGUACUGCAACUACGUCUUCACCUGCAUCUUCGUGAUCGAGGCUCUGCUGAAGCUGGUAGCUUUCGGACUGCACCGCUUCUUCAAAGAAAGAUGGAACCAGCUGGACUUGGCUAUCGUAGCGUUGUCUAUCAUGGGCAUCACCCUGGAGGAGCUGGAGAUAAACGCAGCUCUGCCCAUCAACCCCACCAUCAUCAGGAUCAUGAGGGUGCUCAGGAUAGCACGGGUGCUGAAGCUCUUGAAGAUGGCCACGGGGAUGAGAGCUCUGCUGGAUACUGUGAUGCAGGCGCUGCCUCAGGUGGGGAACCUGGGGCUGUUGUUCAUGCUACUCUUCUUCAUCUACGCUGCGCUCGGAGUCGAGCUCUUCGGCAAAUUGGAGUGUAAUGACGAUAACCCGUGCGAGGGGCUGAGUCGACACGCCACGUUUGAGAACUUUGGGAUGGCUUUCCUCACGUUGUUCAGAGUGUCUACCGGGGACAACUGGAAUGGAAUCAUGAAGGACACUCUGCGUGAGUGUCGUGUAGAGGACCGUCAGUGCCUCACCUACCUGCCGCUGGUGUCUCCGCUCUACUUUGUCACCUUCGUGCUGAUGGCCCAGUUUGUGCUGGUCAAUGUUGUGGUGGCCGUGCUGAUGAAGCACCUGGAGGAGAGCAACAAGGAGGCCAAAGAAGACGCCGAGAUGGACGCAGAGAUCGCCUUAGAAAUGGAGAUGGAGAGGCAGCGCAGGCUGAGUACUGGAUCCAAUCACAGCUCAGUGGGAGGGACUUAUGUUGGGCCACGCCCCAACUCACCUGGACAGGAGGAAGAGGUGCAGUGCACCAACCCAAACCUGCUGUCUCCCAGGAAGAUGUCUGUAUCCAGGAUGCACUCUCUGCCCAACGACAGCUACAUGUUCCAGCCGGUGAGGCCUGCUAGCGCCCCCUACCCACUGGAGGAGCCGGGUCUCGGCGCACAGCAGCAUAUCUCAGGUUCUGUGACGUCGGUCCACUCCCAGCCGUGUGAGAUCCGGACCCUGCUGCAGGUGCCCGGUGUCUCCCCCCUGCCCAGCCCACGGGUGCCCCCUCCCCUCCCCCGCAUCGCCCCGCCCACACCCAGCCCCUCCCCCAUGGCCCUGCGUCGACAGGUGGCAGUGAAGCUGGACUCCGUGGAGUCCCAGGGCUGUGAUCCGCAGCAGCUGCUCCAGGACAGACCGGACCCCUUCCUGCGCCGGCCGCGGCCCCGCCCGCCCCCGGCGGCCCGCGACCCGGCCGACGAGGAGGUGAGCCAGAUCACCGGCUCCACGCUCAGCCUGUCCCGGGAGGACGCCGAGGGGCCCGGGCCAGAGGCGGGCGGGGCCAAGGUCUGCCGCAGCCACUCCCUGUCGCCCUACACCUCUCCCUUCUCCUUCGACUCCUGCAAGCGCCGGCCCGGCAAACCACUGCCGGCGCUGCCGACGGAGACGUCGGCGCCGCUGCCCGGUUACCACGACGAUCAGCGCCGUCACUCCAUCGAGGUGUGCUCGGCCGACCCGCUGGAGGCGGCGGCGGCGGCGGCGGCGGCGGCGUUCCCGCCGGGAGACCCCUACCGCCUCCUCCCGGGGCCGGGCGGCGGGGCGAGGAGGGGGUUCCCCACCAGGGUGCAGUCCAUGGGGGGGGGCUGCCAGCGCAAGAAGAGACUCAACCCACCCUGCAUCUCUGUGCAACCGCCGGCGGAGCGGGACCACGCCCCCCCGGCGCCCGCCGCCCCCCCCACUCCGCCGCCGCCGCCGCCGCCGUCGGACUGCAGCGUGAUGCUGAGGAGGAGGCCGCUGUCCUCCGACCUGACGCUCUCCGCCACCUGGGCCCCCGACGCCCGGCCCCCCGCCGCCGACCACGUGCCGCUCCGCGCCCACCCGCCGCUGGCGCGCACCCUCACCCCGGAGCCGUACCUGCGCACGUGUGCGCGGGCGCACGCCGCCGCACGCACGCACCCCUCGCCGACCCCCGGUCCGAACAUCUUCGUCCAGCCGCACGCGCCCGUCCUGGCCAGCCCCGCCCACUUCCCCCCGCUGACGCACACCCUCUCCCUGUCCGCCCAGUGCUCGCCGAUCAGAGGGGACUACAUGCCACUCCCCCAGUUCACUUUUGACCAAUCGGAGGCCGUGUACAUGAGCGGCCUCUCUGCGGGGAUACCGGACGCAGACGCCGCCAACUGCCCCUCGUCGCCCUUCGACAGCAGACUGGAGGACAGGGCGGGGUUUAGCGCCAAGAACAGACGGACGGCCCAAUAGGAGCUGUGCGUGGCCUCAAGGAAGUCAACCGGAUUGGUCGGAUUACAAACCCUUGAUGGUGUUCAGAAAGAGGGAUGGUCUCACUUAUUGGACGCUGGGGAAAGGGAAGACAUGUUGGAUACCGACAAAAAUAAUAUAUAAACAGCCAAUUCCUUUACCUCAGAGCACAGAGACGAUGCAGUCCCGUGCUAGGUUGGAGGAGGCUGGGGCGGUUUGUGGGCGACAGAUUGCGAGGGUACCUGUGAAACCGCUUGCAGGGUACGCUGCACCCACUGUUGACGGUGUGUCGAGGAUUGAGUUGGUGCACCACACCGGGACUUGAGGCACCAAACUCCGUAGCCAAAGUUUUACGUUUUCCUUUUUGUUUUUCAUUCGUUUUUUUGGUCGUCGUCGUCCCCUCCGAAAACCACGCAAGCCAAUCAGGAAGCAGCGUCUGGCUGACAACCUCUCGACCCUUCGGCGGGAAGCGGUUCUGUGAAAUGCGAGCGUGUUGGUUGGGGGGGAAACUUCAGGUUUUCUGCCGAGGAGGGGUCUCUGAUUUUGCCACUCCUCUGCUCCCUGGAUCAUAUUGAUCAGAGUAGAAGUUUGCGUGUGUGUGUGAG